AUGAGUCUUGAGGAAAAGCUAAUGAAAAGGCUAGAGGGAGGGAUGUUUCGGAUACUGAACGACAAGAUGUACCAUGGAAAGGGCUUAAAGAAGAGGGACUUGAAGCUAUAUCAUGAGCUGUAUGAUCAGCAGGUUAAGCGAUGGCCAGUUAAUCCUCUUGAUGUUAUUAUUGAGAAGAUAAAGAAGAAAGGAAAUGGCAUGGCGAUAGCAGACAUAGGAUGUGGAGAUGCUCGGAUUUCCAGGGAGUUUGAAAAUGUAAUGUCCUUGGAUCUGAAUCCUUCUCGAAAGGAUAUAAUCCGCUGCGAUAUGAGACAAAGGAUCCCUUUAGAUGACAAGAGUGUGGACAUUGCAGUUUGCUGUUUAAGUAUGAUGGCUGAGAACAUUUCGGUUCCUAUGAAGGAGGUAAACCGGAUACUAAGGGAGUCGGGGUACUGGUAUAUAGCAGAAGUCAAGAGCAGGAUACCUAAUAUAAAGCAUCUGGAGAAGAAGUUUGAGAGCUUUGGGUUUGAAGUUGAGCAUACCGACAUGUCAAAUGCACAGUUUAUUCUUUUCGUUUUGAAAAAGAAUCUAGAUAAGAAUCCGAAGAAACUUCCACCGGUCAGAUUGAUUCCAUGGGUUUACAAGAAGAGAUGA